AUGUAUGUUGGAGAUGAUCAGGUUUGUCAAGAGAAAUUCCAGCUGUUGCUGAGGGAGGUAGGAUUGCCGAGUGGUCUCCUCCGAGUAAAAGAUGCAGAAGAAUAUGGGUACAUAGAGGUCUCCUCCGAGAUCAAGAAGCUGACCGGAAUGAAGGCCAAGGAGCUCUUGAUCUGGGUCACCGUGAACGAGAUUUACGUCGACGAUCCACCCACCGGCAUGAUCACCUUCAACGCUACGACGGAUUUGACCAGAACAUUUCCUGUUUCUGCAUUCGAGAUCCAGGAGGGGGACAAUAAGGAAGCCUAG